AUGUCUUUGGAAGCAAUCAAGUUCAACAAAACCGAUAAGGACAAUCUAAGUGUCGAAAUUCUAGAUCAGCUACUGUUGCCAUACGUCACAAAAUACAUCCCAAUUUACAACAUUGAUGAUGGUUUUUCCACUAUAAAAAAUAUGCAAGUUAGGGGUGCUCCAGCUAUUGCAAUGGUGGGUGCAUUAUCUGUACUAUUAGAGAUACAGCUUUUGAAUUCCAAUGAGAAUAUCGCAAGUCAAUGGUACGAAGAUUUAUCAAACUGGGAACGUACCAAAAUUCAAUUGAAGGAAAGAUUAGAAUAUUUGUUAAGUAGUAGACCAACUGCAGUUAAUUUAGGAAAUGCAUUAAAUGAUAUUUCAAAAAUAUUAGAAAACUCAAAAGAUAUCACCACGCUAAAAUAUGACGUUUAUCAAUAUACAUGUCAGUUGUUGGAAAAUGAUUUAAAGGAUAACAUAACAAUGGGAAAUAAUGGUGCCAAUACUCUUUUAGCCUUAUUGGAGAAAGAAGAUUUCCAUUCCAACUUUGGUGUCUUAACUAUUUGCAAUACAGGGUCCCUAGCUACAGCAGGCUAUGGUACUGCUUUAGGUGUCAUUAGGUCUUUAUGGGAAGAUAGUAGAAAGAAGAUAGCUGAAGGUAAAAAUGAUUGUGCUAAGAUGACACACGUUUUUCCAUUAGAGACUAGACCAUAUAACCAAGGGUCACGUCUUACUGCAUAUGAAUUAGUUCAUGAUAAGAUCCCAGCAACUUUGAUUACAGACAGUUCAAUUGCUUAUAAAAUUGCAACUAGUCCAUUGCCAAUUAAAGCCGCAUUUGUUGGUGCUGAUAGAAUUGUGCGCAACGGUGAUACUGCUAAUAAAAUCGGUACUUUCCAAUUAGCAGUUAUUUGUAAACAAUUUGGAAUUAAAUUUUUUGUUGUUGCUCCAAAGACUACAAUUGAUAAUAAGACUCCAAGUGGUGAUGGUAUUAUUGUGGAAGAACGUAAUGCCGAAGAAUUCAAGUUAGUUAGCGGUACCCUUGUUGAUGCAAAUACUUUCGAACCAUUACUGGAUCAAAACAAUAAACCAAUCUCUGCUAAGGUUGGUAUCGCUCCUCCCGAGGUGAAGGUAUGGAACCCAUCAUUUGACGUCACUCCUCAUGAGUUCAUUGACGGUAUUGUUACUGAAGUAGGUGUUUUCACCAAAAAUGAAAAAGGUAAUUUCACUCUGGAAGAGUUGUUUUGA